AUGGGACUUCUCGCCGCCAAUGAGGUGGACCCGCAAUGGGAAUUUCCUACUGGCGCCAAUGGACCGCUCAUCAAGUUCAAUGGCACCGUCGAGGCUCUGUACGCCUAUGUGUCCAAGGAAUAUCCAUCGUACAUUGCUUCUGUGUUCGAGCCGGAAGCCCCCACGCAGGGUCUCGAAACGCGUGAAGAUGCUUCUGGCUUUCUCGAGAAACGCACAGACUUCAGCUCCCGCCCUGUCAGUUGUCAACUUCUGGUUAGCCGCUCCCGCAUUAGGGAGGGCAUCGACUACUUGCGUCGCGUAAGAGGACAGCCAAGCAUGGAACCGAACCGCUGGAGUCGAGUCAGUUGCUCAUACGACUCCGCAAUCUCGUGGAUAAACACAUCCAGCAGGCGGAAGACGCUUGAAUCCUUCGGUUCUAUCGCCGAUGGUGCCCAGCGUAUUUAUACCCAGUGCAACAGAAAUGACCGUACCGGAGGGCGAGUCAAUCAUCAGACUCAGUGGGGAGUCAGCGCUCAUGGGGACCGUUGUUGA